CCACAAACAACUUCCAACAAGCACCCCAGAAUUAAUUACGAUUACGACUCCUCCAUGUUCUCGAUCGAAUCAGACAUCGACCCGAUGGGUGACGGAACGCCCAGUCUGUUGUCUGCAUGCAGGGCAGCCGCUCUGUUGGAUCCCCUCACUCGCUCACAGAAGCACGUUCACCGGUUCUGCCAAGAGCUUUUUCUCUGGUGGUAUGAUGCCUACGGUAUCCGUACACCACGUUGCAAGCUCGAGAUGUUGUUGAUUCUGACUCCCGAGGUCCCUUAGCUAACAAACCUUCGAAUCACUUUACGGAGAUGCCCGUUCCUCUACCAUAUCAAGCCACCCCCAUGAACUUGGAUCAACCCCGCGCACCUCGGAAAAACGAGGGAUACAAUACCCGAAAAACCGUUCAACCGGAACUUUGGGACCGCCUCUCUCAACCCACGAGGAGGGUUGUCGAGGAUGUUGUGCGACACAAGUUGCCAUGUCUCGAACUGGCAAAGAAGCAGGGACUCACGUCAUCCCGGAUUUUGUCUGCUCUGCGAACAUGGCAUGCGUGGCUUUCUCCCUCGUGGAAACGAGACCAUGUUUGUCUGGAUGCGCCGUGUCUCAGCCCCUACCCCUAGCCAAGUGCCGAGCGUGGAAGAAGAGAGCGCGAGACGAGGUCGAGGAAUCAAGGCGAGUGCUUUAUCCGACUCCAGCUCUUUAGUGCCCAAGAUUAUGGCGACUUGGACAUAAUUGCUGAGCGGACGAUCAGUACCCAAAUCUGCAUUUUGUUCCAGAAAAGCACUGGACUUGUUGGGCUCGCCGCCAGGGGUCAACCAGAUCGAGUGUUCGAAAGAACUCGACGCCACGAUUCUAGGGCUGAGUCGGUAGUUACCGCAAUGGCAUGAUCGGCGAGCCAAAUCGAACCACAGCUUAUUUUUCUCACAGAAUACUGGCUCCAAUCUCCGCCGCGGCAGCCUUUGAAUAUGUACAUGUACAGCAGCCCUUGACAACCAUGUCGAUCUCCCGCUCUGCCGAGUCUCGUUUGGGGAACGGCACGAACCACAUGCUCGGGGCUGGACCUGGAAAGGGGAGUGACGGGGAUUUCAAAUCGAUUGAUUCAGAGACACUGACCUGACUAUUUUCUUGGAUAGAUCUUGGUUGUAGUAGCUUGCAUCGUGCCCCGAACUGGCUCGGGCCGCUGCCAACUUAUGGUCAGAUAUGCGCGUUGCCCUUGCUUCCAGACAGGAGCAUUAUCGGCCGCUACCCGUGUGUCGAGUGCCGCCUUUGGCGGCAUUGGUCAAGCCUCUGGCACAAUGUCCGUUUUCGAUUCAAACACUGUACCUGGCUCGCAAAUGAAGCCGACGCCUCCUCAGAGUUGACAUUGUUGGUCCAGAAGAAGAAAUGUCUGCCAUGGUCUGGCUGGGUUCCUCACCCUCUACGACAUCACAGGGCAGUCGCCAUGUCGCUUGGUCACACGAAGGGGGGACUGCUCGUGGUAUAAGUUUGUCGUGAUCCGGACCUCCUUCCGGUAUCGUGACCUCCCAUCAGUAUCAUGAACAUGCUCUGCAUCAUACGGUCAUUUCAACAAGCUUGCUCUUUCAGUUUCAGACAUGGACAACACUUACUACGGUGGUCACUACGAUGACGAAACCCAACAGAACAUUCCAUCAUACCCCUUAGCUUUCGACAUUCAGGAGCAGGACCAUGCCAGCGCAUCCGUCUUGUGUCCCAGCUCAACCUCCCCUUUGGGGGGUUCGAUCUCGAUCUCGCCGACUGAUCGCUUCAGCAACACCGGAGCAUACGGAGACUAUGACUCCCGCGGUAUCGCUUCCCUCAUGCCAGAAAGCUCCUACUAUGCCCCAACCGAGCCGGUGUCUGCCUAUAACAACGCUUCACUGAGCAUGUCCUCCGGUCCGCACAGCUUUCCCAACGGGCAGAUACACGACGAGCUUGACGGAGGGGUGAUGAAUCAGGGUCCUCCUCCACCGACUGGCUGGGGCCCCCAAUUUCAAUCCUUCACGCCAUUUGCAGAGGACCCUCGUGUGGCGAUGGGUGUUGGUGAGAGAAGCAGUGGUGUUCCUUACCAAUAUCCACCGUCAACAAGCAAAUGUCAUAAAAGCCACGCCGCCAACCCCCCUUUUCAAGGCUUGACGAUUGAUACAAUGACCAUGAACCCACACGGUGAUCGCCGACCUCACAAGUCAGCGGUGGCGGCGGCCAAGAGGAGCAAAGGAAAGAAACCAUCAGCUCCCACAACGAGUCUCUCCUCUCCCACAAGCCAGUCAACCAUAUCCAGCGGCAGCGCGGCACCGAACUCACUCCCUGAAGAGGAUUGUGACUCGGAGCAGGAGCAGGCUGGUUCGACGGGCAGGCAAGGUCAUCAUAACGCCCGCACUAGGCAUAAUAUGGUUGAGCAAAAGUACCGACAUAGGCUCAACACGCAUUUUGAUAAGCUGCUGGAGGUGUUGCCGUCGGGGGUUGGUGUGGGCGGGAUGAUGAUGGGGGAUGGGUAUCAGAAUACGUACCAGACGACAUAUUUGGGGGGGGAUGGGGGGGCGCCAAGUUUGGAGAGGGAGAGGAAGGUGAGUAAGGCUGAGGUGCUGGAUCGGGCGAGGUUGUAUAUACAGAGGCUGGAGAGUGAGCAUGUGAGGUUGCAGCGGGAGAGGGAGGAGUUGAGGGGGUUGUGGGAGGGGUAUUAUGAACGGGCGGCGGGGGUGGGGAAGGGGUUAGAUGGGGGGGUUUGA